UAAAUAAUUAUUCUUUGUUUACAAUUCUUAAUGAAAACUCGAAAUAAUGGAAAACUCGUGAAACACUUGUGUGCGCAAGUUCACUGCGGCCGGCUUCAGUCGUGCUUUGCGGCAACAGCGCGCGCCUGAAAGCCUCCGUUGAAAGCUCCCCACCUCCCGCCUAUACUGGCAUACAAAAAUCAUCAGUUUCGGCACCACUAAUAAAUUCUUAAAGAAGACUUAAAACAUGGCUGCUCCAGAAGGUCCCCCUGGCAUGCCGCCGACGGAGCCGCAGACGGGCCCCGACGGCGAGAUCAUCGGCGGCCCGCGGAACAUGCAGCAGGUGGCCGCGCAACGUAGGCUUCAGCAGACGCAGGCGCAAGUUGACGAGGUGGUGGACAUUAUGAAAACCAACGUCGAAAAAGUCCUGGAAAGAGACGCGAAGUUAUCAGAGCUAGAUGACAGAGCCGAUGCACUCCAGUACGGUGCGUCGCAGUUUGAACAACAGGCCAAGAGCUUAAAGAACAAAUUCUGGCUUCAAAACCUAAAGAUGAUGAUAAUAAUGGGUGUGAUUGGAAUCGUCAUAAUAGGCCUGCUGUUUGGUGAUAACAUUAAACAAAUGUUUGGUUAGUUCGAUACCGUGGCACCCCGACUAUGACUGGCAUCCCAGCGGGUAUAUCGGGCAUAGCCAGCAAUAUCACUAUGUCCGCUAAUUCAUUGUGAGUAAUGUUAGUCCUUCUGUCUUUGCCACUUUGACUUCCUUCCUUCUUGAACUUACAAUGCUUGCGCAUGAAUGAAGCUUUAAUUACAUGUUGCAUGAAACUGGUAAACCCAAGGUGAGUAAUAUAUUUUAAACACACAUACAGAUCAACAUAAUAACAUAUCAGAGUAACGUACCUACUUAAUUCAACUUGUCUACAAUUUCGGGUAAUUAUUCAAUGGUAGUAAGUAGCACUCAUUCGAAAUUUACAACACGUUUCAAUUUCAAUCUUUGUUAAUAUAUUUUUAUACACUUUACGCUUUCCUAUAACACCUUUUUAACGUUGUAUACCUUCUAAAUAUUACUAACAUAAACAUUGGUAAGUAAACAACCCUCUGGUAAGAUAUGAACUCCAUGUAAUUUUUAUGCGUAGGUAAUUAUAAUCAUGUUUGCUUAUUUAAUGAUGUUCAUUAACAGAAUAACUAAGUAGGUACUGUAGAUGUAGGUAGUUACUUACCUACAUGAAAUAGUCCCACAAGUUUUACUCAAUACGCCUAAGUAUACUCAAUUAAGAAACACAGAGAAUACCCGUAAAGAAAUGUCAGGAGAGCAUAUUUCGGGUGUAUUUCAAAUUAAUCGCAUACUUGAUAUUCUUAUUUAUGUUUCAGGAAAAUACAUGUAAGUUAUUUAUUCAUCGCGUCUGUUGGGUUCUACUUAAACCGUGAAGCUGUCUUCAAAAUACAUGCUACGUAUUAACUAGGUACUUUACAUUCUACUAUCUACUUGAUAAAUUAGGUAGCAUCUUUAGAAUCUAGAAUACCUAAGAAUGGAACAAAAUUUGGGGUAUAUAUCAACCUUAUGAAAUUCGUAUUACUUAGAUACUUAAAAAAUUAAAUACCUAUCAAAUAUGUAUUUAACGGGUUAACAUGACGUUACCUAAAGCCAAACAACUUUAAUGACUCUAAGGUACUGACUUCGUUUAAGUACCCAUUGUAAUAUUUCUUAUUCUUUUAUUUAUUAUAAUAUAUGGAGAAAAAAAAAUAUUAAAGAAAAUUCUCAAAAUUCUGCUAAUAUUUAAAUUUAUUUGCGUGCCUUGUUCUAGGAUACUGUGUACAAGUCCUAAAUAAGUGUAACAUUUAAGUUAUGAUUCGAGACCUCGCUGUGACGCUGCUUUAAUUUUGACUCUAAAUCGGCCUAUGAAUGCUCUAGAAGUUUCAAAGAGAUACUUAUAUUAGUGAGCGAGUUCUUCCAAACGUAGUGGAACCUUUAUCGAUAUUAAUAUAGCAUUAUUAUUAUAAUUGAUGUAUGAAAACAGGUUUUAUAAAUAAACAUGCUAUUAGUUGUUUGUUAAACAAUUCAAAAUGCAAUAAAAUACGAAAUGCAAAAUCGUGACACCAAAGUUAGCCGAAAUAGAAAUACAUGGAAUUGAAUUAUUAAGUGAUAGGUAUAUACAAUUAAGGUAAAUCCUGUUUAAUAUUUAGUCUCAAUAUAACAAGUACAAUACCUAUAAAAUUGCAUAUCCGCUCUUUAUACUAAUUGGCAAGUGUAGUGCGAAUAUACAUAUAAGUAGCUGUGGGAAAGAGAUGUGGACCUGCCGCCAGUUUAUGGAGCCUCUUGAAGUCAAUUAUUUGCAUGUAUAUGUUACACAUUAUUAAGGCUGUUUAAUGAUUUGCGAGUAUCAAAUGUCAAUUAGAAAUUUACUUUACAAAGUCAAAAAAAAUCUGUAUUUGAGGUAAAUUCUUUAGCGAUAACUAACUUAACAUUAUUUGGAUUAAAAUGGACUGUAUUUACAAUUUUUGUGUAAAUCGUAGGGGUAGUUUUAAAGUUUGCUUUCAUUUAUUCUUGUGCCUUCAAUUUAUACGAAUUAGAUAUUUUUACCCUACCAUGAGUUAGAUGAUCUUAGAAUUCGAUUGUCAGUUAGUUUUGCAAUUAUUGUAAUAGUACUUAGCUGUUAUUUGUUUUGAAAUAUUGAAUUAUAAAUUUAGAUGAAAAUUGUAAGUAUAGAUUAAUAAUAUGGUGCCAUUGACAAUAUUAGUUCUUUUAUAAUAACUGUGGAAUGAUUCGUGUAUCUACUGUAUCUAUAAAAUGGGACAUUUUAUGGUAUUCUACAACUUUUAACUUUUCGGUGUUGUGCAUAUCACAUAAUAUUAUAUAUUAAAAUUGAGUCUACCUUUAAAUGCACUUAUGUUUAACAGGUUAUUAUUACAAUAGAGUAUAUCAACUGCGUUCAAAUCUUUAAGAAUACAUAUCUAGUGAUAUUUCUACUACCUACCUGUAAAGCUAAUGGAAAUUACAUUUCUUACAAGCAGAACGAUUCGAGGUGCCCCAAAACAAAAUAUCGAACCUAAAUUUGUAAAUAAUUAAAUACAUGACAUACUUACUUAAAACUUUUCGACCUUCGUGUUGUUUUUAAUAACAAAAAAUCAUAUCAAUAAACAAAUUCAAUGUUUUAUAGAGUUAUACCUAUUUCUAUUACAAAUUUUUGAUUCAACGAAUAUAAAUAAAUACUUACAAUUUAAAUUUAUGACGUUGUGAUUGUACAUAUUUAAUCUUGGACUUAUUUUUGGCCUGAGACACUAAAUUUUCAAGGGUGAAAACUGUUCUUAUUUUUUUAAUAUCUGCAAAGCAAGGGCGUCAUUUGACGACAUUUUCAUAGGUGUUUAUUAUAAAUAAAUAUGUAAUAGAAUACAAGAAGUAAACAGUUUUAGGUUAUACAAUAAUGUGAUUAAAAUGAAUACAUAAUGAAA